GAGAAAGGGCAUCUGAUGCCAGCUGCCAAUAUGACAGAAACCCUGCAGCUCCCGGCGUUGCAAGUCCCAGAGCAGCAGGUGGUGGAGGGUGGCUGUGCCUGGUCCAGUUCGUCCACCCCAACCCUGCGCAGGAAGCGCUUCAAGAUGAGGCGGAUGAAGAAUGUGCAGGAGCAGAGCCUGGAGGCCAGCAGGUAUCAGGAUUCUCCUUCCUCCAGCAAAGAAUACCUGCAGCUCCCAUCCAUUGAAAUCACCCCCUCCAGUGAUGAGGACACCCCCUGGUCCAACUGCUCCACUCCCAGUGCCUCGCCGCGGCGCAAGCGCUUCCUCCUUCGGAAGUGGCUGCGUGUGAGAGAGAAGAAGGAAUACAGUGAGAGCAGCAGCCAGCAGAGCAGCCAGCAAAGCAGCCACGAUGAUGACUCGUCACGAUUCUUGAGCCCUUGCAUGCGUGACGACAGUACUGCCAGUAACUCAAACCGCAGCACACCUGCCUGCUCCCCGAUCCUGCGCAAACGCUCCCGGUCCCCGACACCGCAGGACUCCCAAGGAGACACCAUGGUGGAAAAAGGCUCAGACCACUCGUCAGACAAAUCCCCUUCCACGCCGGAGCAGGGUGUACAGCGUAGCUGUUCCUCUCAGUCAGGCCGCAGUGGGGCCAAGAACUCCAAGAAAAGCCAGAGUUGGUAUAAUGUGUUGAGUCCAACUUACAAACAACGGAAUGAAGAUUUCAGGAAACUCUUCAAACAGCUUCCUGACACGGAGCGCCUCAUCGUAGAUUACUCAUGUGCGCUACAGAGAGACAUUCUCCUGCAGGGCCGCCUCUACCUCUCUGAAAACUGGAUCUGCUUUUAUAGCAACAUCUUCCGUUGGGAGACACUGCUGACAGUUCGCUUGAAGGAUAUCUGCUCGAUGACCAAGGAAAAAACAGCACGGCUCAUUCCUAAUGCCAUCCAAGUUUGCACUGACACUGAAAAGCACUUUUUUACUUCCUUUGGGGCUCGAGACAGGACGUACAUGAUGAUGUUCAGACUCUGGCAGAAUGCUCUCCUUGACAAGCCUCUCUGUCCAAAGGAGCUCUGGCACUUUGUCCACCAGUGUUAUGGGAAUGAGCUGGGUCUGACCAGUGAUGAUGAAGACUACGUGCCUCCUGAUGAUGACUUCAACACAAUGGGCUACUGUGAAGAAAUCCCUGUGGAAGAGAAUGAAGUCAACGAUAGCUCCUCAAAAAGCAGCAUGGAGGCCAAGCCAGAAGCUAGCCCUCAGCUGCCAAAGAAAUCUGUCACUGCCAGCACGUUGACAUCUACGGGAAGCAGUGAAGCGCCAGCCUCGUUUGAUGGAGUGCUACCAGAAGAGGAGGAGGCAGUGGUGGAGAGUCCUGUGGAAAAAGACAUUGGCAUUGCAAAUAUCAUGGGAGAGAAGAUAGAGAUCAUCAGCCCCGUGAACUCCCCUUCCCUAGACUUCAAUGACAAUGAAGACAUUCCCACUGAGCUCAGUGACUCGUCAGAGACCCAUGAUGAAGGGGAAGUCCAAGCCUUUUACGAGGAUCUGAACGGCCGUCAGUAUGUGAAUGAAGUGUUCAACUUCAGCGUGGACAAGCUGUAUGACUUGCUUUUCACGGACUCCCAGUUCCAGAGGGACUUCAUGGAGCAGCGCCGGUUCUCUGAUAUUAUCUUCCAUCCCUGGAAGAAGGAAGAAAAUGGCAAUCAGACCAGAGUGAUCUUGUAUACCAUUACCCUCACCAACCCUCUGGCCCCCAAAACUGCCACUGUCACUGAGACGCAGACAAUGUACAAAGCCAGCCAGGAAAGCGAGUGCUAUGUCAUAGAUGCAGAGGUGCUAACUCACGACGUCCCCUACCAUGAUUAUUUCUACACCAUUAACCGCUACACGUUGACUCGUGUUGCCAGAAACAAAAGCCGACUCAGGGUUUCCACAGAGCUACGUUACAGGAAACAGCCUUGGGGGCUGGUGAAAUCCUUCAUUGAGAAGAAUUUUUGGAGCGGCCUCGAAGAUUAUUUCCGUCAUUUGGAGAGUGAACUGACCAAAACCGAGAGCACGUACCUGGCUGAGGUCCACAGACAAUCCCCCAAAGAGAAAGUGAGCAAGCAAUCGACCGUGCGCCGGAGGAAACGGGCCCAUGCCCAUCUGCGGGUGCCACACUUGGAGGAGGUGCUGAGUCCCGUCACCACCCCCACGGAUGAGGAGGUUGCACAUCGAAUCAAGCACGUGGCAGGUUCCACUCAGACACGGCACGUCCCUGAGGAGAGCCCCAGCGGCUUCCACCUGCAGAGUGUCUCCAAGCUGCUCCUUGUCAUCAGUUUUGUGAUCUGUUUCAGUCUGGUGCUGCUGGUCAUUCUCAAUAUGAUGCUGUUCUACAAACUCUGGAUGUUGGAAUAUACAACGCAGACGCUCACGGCAUGGCAGGGUUUGCGGCUACAGGAGAGGUUGCCCCAGUCUCAGACAGAGUGGGCCCAGUUACUAGAAUCUCAGCAGAAGUAUCAUGACUCGGAGCUCCAAAAAUGGCGUGAGAUCAUCAAAUCCUCAGUGAUGCUUCUAGACCAGAUGAAGGAUUCACUAAUAAAUCUUCAGAAUGGCAUCGGGUCCCGGGACUUCGGGUCAGAUCCAGAGGAGAAACGGAAACGUUUCCACUAACAGGCAGGAAUGCAGGAGGCCAGAGGACGGUGUGCAAUAUGUGUAAAUAGGAUAUAUAAAUAUAUAUAUAUAUAAAUAUAUAUAUAUAUACAGAAUAUAAAUAUAUAUAUUAUAUACAGAUUUUAAGAGAAAAAAAAGCCUAUGUAUCGAGAGGAAGGAUUGACCUCCAACACUGGCUGACAUGGAGCGUCUCGGUGGUAGCGUGGGGUGUGUGUGUGUGUGGAGGGCUGUGCUCUCCUGGCACUGAGGUGCGCUUAGGGGUGUGCCCCAGUGUGCUCCCCUGGGCCUGUGCACCACUCUUCUGUAAUAUUCCUGUCUGUCUGUCUGUCUGUUUUGUUUUUGUUGUUUCAAAGGGAAGCAUCAGAGUGAGUGCCCCCCCCGCCCCUCCCUGCGCAUGAAGGUCUCUGAUUGAGUCUAUUUAUCUGUACAUACAAAGGGGACACUGUCACCUCUCUUACCUUGCUGGCUUCAGGGCAGAGAGGUUUUGGCAAUCGCCGUCAAUCCCUUACAGAACUAAAUGGCAUUUGGAGAGGAGGCUUCUGGAGGAUACUGCUGUAGGUCUGUAGAGAGCAGAUCUCGCUGGCGUUCACCUUCUGUACUUCCUGGAGCAGAAAUACAAUUUGCUGUCAUGCCGGCCAGCCUGGUUCAGAGAGCAAAGCACAGAAUGUAAAUGAGCCGAAAUGCUUUCUAUGCAAACACUAGUUUGCCGCCUCCUGUUAUUGAUACUGCAUGAAUGGCCAAGGAGAUGGUGGGGAGGGGAGUAUCUGCCUACGAGGUGCGUGGGUGGAAGAGAGCCACACCGCGGCAAGUACACUUCUGGUCCCUUUGACAGUGUCCCCUUUGCCGUUUCUGUUGUUCUCUGCUUUCUUUGUGCUUGGGCCCCUGCCAUUAAGCCAUCCCUGUGCUGAAGAUCCACAUUGGUGCUGAAAGGGCAACUACCUGUGCAGCUUCCCAUGCUAGGGGGAGUACCCCAACUUAAAACCAAACUUAGUAUUUAUUUGCAACUGCUACCCUGCUCAGCAAAUGUCCCUCCUGCCCCUGGUCUGCGGGACCGUUUUGCUUGUACCACCUAGCCCGUACCUUGUCUCACAGACUACGGAAAAUGUCAGGGAGAAAAAGAACAAUUUCCUUUCCUUCACUGUGGGUAUUUACAUGACCGCAUCUAUAGAGCAACAAGGCCUCCAGAAGAGGUUAGGGGAAGGGUCAUGGGGACCAAAGAAGAGAAAGAAAACAAAACAGGGACUGUCAGUGGGUGGCAGGAUAGAUCUGGAGGGGUAUCCACAGUGCGAGGCAUCUGACUGGUAUCUCUCAUAAGCUGGAUAGCGAAGCAUUUGCUCUAUAAGCAAGUCAGGUGGUGGAGCUGCAUUAAAAAGACAAUAUGCAUUUUUACUUGGUCUGGGGAAUCAUUCCAGACUCCCAUUAGCAGCCAAAUGAGGAAGAAGGGCAGCAAGGCUGCGCUGCGUGGUGUACCAAACGCCACUGUGCCCAGUUGGGAUGCUUGUUUGAAUGUUUAAUAAAUGCUUUCUCAUCUUACCCAGCGAGGUAGGUUAGGUGAUAUGUGACGCCCUCAAUCUCCACCUUGUUCAACACCGGGAUUUUUCCACCUUCUGAAUGGCAGGAGGGAGGCAGCUGCCUAUUCCCCUUAUGCAAAGGGUGCAGUUCUCACUCGUCCAUCGUCUCUAGCUCCGAUGGACACUGAAAGAGCAGGGGAUGUAAGGGUGAGUAACUGCUCUUCGCAUCUCUGUACCAGAAACUCUCAUCUGCACAGCUGGGUGACAAAGUGGAGUCUAAGGAAAACCCUCACACGCUCCCACUUGUGCAUUCCUAUCAGGGAAAGGUAACGUAUGUACAAGUAACCUGCUGCUUUCUCCCAACCUGCCUACAAUUUUGAUGACCAAGUGCUGAACACAACAUGCCCUGCAGAAGAUGACUCACACUGGAAGGAGCGUGGAUGAAGAUGGGAUAUCAAAAAGACAUUUAAGAGUGUGAGAGCAAGGUACAAUUGAGAAAAACAUGCCUCGGCACCUAGAGAGUAAUAUGUAUUUAGGACUAUUUAUUUAAUUUAAUGCUGCUGACUACUGUACUGCUCCCUGACCUUUUUCCAGGGAGGCUGCUGAAAUGGCUACUGUACAAUGAAACUGAGGUGCUAGUACCCGGGACGGGCAUUCUGUGGCUCAUCUUGGGACAGGAGGGCCCCAACUCCCCGCUGUGACUUGAGUCCUGUUUCCCCAUGAGUCCCUCCCACACUUAUUAAGCACAGAAAAAUCCCCUGCUGCCCAUCUUCCACUUUUCUAGAAUUUACUUCCAAGCACCGAGAAAGAAGACAGAGAAGAAUUCCUGUGCUUGCCACCUUGCCCAGGCCAGAAAAGAAAAAGGCCCCAUUUUGAGAGAGAAACCUGACUAUGGGGUCUCUGCCACCUGGCUGGGAGGGUUUUGUACAUAGACACAACCCACCGAGAGGCAGAGAAACCCGUCUGUCUGAGAGGGCUGAAAAUAAAUGCUAGUGAUCAGAGUUGUUUUCUUACCAAUUUCACGUUCUCUUGCUAGUUACGGAGGACAGAAAUCCAUUCGCUCAUCCGUGCGUCCUUCUUCCUCUGCAGCAUUCUUCCAGAGUGCCAUCCCAGUAGGUUCAGGGUGUUCCCCCUAACACGGCUUCCUCAGGCUUGGCCCUAGAGACAGAAUUGCACAAGCUCCAUUAAAUUACUGCAAGGCCCCGCAGAAGCAGCUGUAACAGUCUGAAGCACUAGUAUUUAUUCUGCCCACCCACUACGUUAAACGGGGUUUAUCGUGUUUGAUGUAUCCUGAUCAGAGCUACACUAAAUCCUUCAGUACAGAACAUAAGGGUGGUGGUUGCCAAACAGAACCUUGCACGUGCAGUGCCCUUCAGACCAAGGAAGGUUUCUCUUUGAGGCCUUAAGUUUCUUUGUCCCUGAUUCCUAGUUACUUUCUUUUUGCCACUUGGCAGCAAGUCUGGCUUGGAGUUGGAGAGGAAACAUGAUCUUUAUUGCCUCUUAAUUUAUCACAGUAGUGAUAAAAGAAAAAAGCAAGGUCUUUUCCUUAAGGCAAAACCCACAAUGGCACUAAAGGUGAGGGCUUAAAACAAAACUUCAGCAUGUUUUCAUCUAGAUGCCUUCCUCUAGAGAACUGUGACAGAAGUCACCUGCUACUGCAGUUGAGUCCCAAGUGACAGAUUAAUUCCUUUUGUAAGCCAUAGCCAAUUUUAGACCCAUCAGUUUAUAUUUCCUGGAGAAAUUAGUAACACUUUCAAGGAGCAAGGCCAGGCAACUCCAAUAAUGUUCCAGGGGGUGGUCCUUUGCCUUCCCUAAGCAGUCAUAGCUUGGCUUCCAUUGUCAGGGUUUCACUGCUCUACUCACUUGCCUUGCUUACCUGCACCAGAAAUCCCACAUCAGUGGUAGUUUUCUUCGUAGUGCCUCACAGACGCGUUGCCCCGCCGAGUCCUCCCUCUGACCCUCCUGCCGCUGCGAGGCUGCCAGGUGAGCGCAGCUGGGGUCUGAUUUGCAGAGUCUGAACAACUGUGAAAGAGGUACUUUUGGAAAAAAAAAAAAGCAUUUCUCCAGCCAAAUGUGCAAACUAAUGCCAGCAGCUUGUAGCCUAAUUCUUGCCAAGAAAGAUGCUGCCUAGUGGGAGGAGGGAGAAGAAGGGACAAGAAGGGACGGAAGGCUCUCGUGUGCCAGUUUGUGUAUCUGUCACCUGUUUAUAUGGGACAAAAAUAUGCUGGCUAAUCCUAGCUUGAUACAAUCCCACAUCUGAUCAAUACACGUCUUCUAAUGCUCACCUUAAAAGAGGACUUUGGGUUAUGGCACCUGGGACAAACUCAAAGUGAAUUUGAGACCUGGAUAACUGCUAUGCAAUCGUGAAUUCAUAAAGUAGAUACCAAAUGUAUCUAGGGCAGCACCUGUGCAUUAAGUCUAGGAAGGACCAAAUGACACAGAUUAUUCCAGGUGGUAAAAUCAGAAGCACAUGGCCAAGACAGAGGCAUUUGCUGGGUCUGCACAUUCCACUUAAAAGAAAGGUACCUGCAAUGGUAAGAAUAAGAGUUAGCUAUGAAUUAACUGGAUAAUCGUGCUUUUUGGGUGCUCAGCAAUUAACUGAUGAUCCAAGGCACGCUUCAGUCAGAAAAGUUUGAUAUGGGUUGAUAUUAACUGCUACUAACUUCUGCAUAAAUCCUUUCUGGCUCCCCUAAGUCCUUUGGGCGAAAAAAAAAAAAAAAAAGUCACACAACUUUGAUCUCCCCUAACAUACCUCAGUUAUGCUGCUAACAUCGAGUACGCAUUUACACCCAGCUUAGAGGCUGCCGUACCAGUCUGGGGCAGCAGUCUGCCCUCCGACCACCUGGCCCCACUUGUCUGCUUUAGAGCUAAGAAAGGGAAACCAAAGGGAUACACAACAUGCGUUUGUUACAAAUAUGACCCCCUACUGAAAGAGGCAAGGUUUCAAGGCACGAUGCUUUGCUGGAUUCAAAGCCAUGACCAAAACCCGCCUCUGAAAUAAUGAUGCCUGCAUUGCCCUGUCCCUUCUCAGAAAGCUUGGCCUGCUCAGCCUGUGUUCGUACCACACAGAGCCCCUUUGUUUCAGCAGCUCACCUGGGGGUAGCUGGGGACAGACUCUGUAGCCCACUUGUCUCCUCAGCACUAAACCAUGUAGCCUACAGGUCUGCUUUUUCCUGCCUUUAUACAAGAAGGUAGAAAUUUGUUUUCCAAAUAGCGGCUGGAGACUCUUUAGGUCAGGGUACUUGAAAUGAGACGUGUUGGAUACGCUAUACAGUCAUUUCUGCGCACAUACACCUGCGAUACACCAAAGCCCAGUGAAAGACACACUUGCAAAUGUCACGCUUUGGCUUUCCACCUCAGAAGUGUUAACCAGAGGGGUGUGCAUACCGGCGGGUUUUGGUGAAUACAGCAUUUGUGUGUCACGUGGCCUUAAUCCCUCUCCCUUUCCUGGUGGCUUUGCCUUCUCAGACGUGUACUUCCAUCAUCUUCCAGUGAUCCUAAGGCACCUAAAUAGAGGAGAUGGACAGAGAGGGCAGCCUGCAGCUUUCACAGCAUCCAGCACUAAGACACAGCGGUGGAGAUGAUGAUUAUCUAUCUCCAACCCUAAAAAGACCAGCACUGCUCACGCGGCAUGAGCUGUAAAAUAGAGGUUAGUGGCAGAGGUUUCGGGGGAGUGAAUUGCUCCUGGUUAGUUGGAGGGGUCUUUCUGUGCUACUGGGAGUGGGAAAACGUUUGGGCCUCCCCUUCCCCUCGGGUUCAUUUACAUGAGCGCAGUUAGCAUAAAGCCAGCACGUGGGUUGAUGUCUGUGGAAGAGCAGUCUGUGCAGGCUGGUACGCAGGCUCUGUAGCAGCAGAGGCUCUGUCCACAGCGGGGCUCGGUCAGAGCGUGUGGCAGAGCUCUCCAGUACGCCUCUGCCCUCCGUGCGGAGCUGCCACGCUCCCGAGGGCACUUCUCCACGGAACGUCCUCCCAGCCUUGCCGUGAUGUGUACCGAGCCAGCCCUUCCAGCCAGGUAGCGCCUGCUCUUCCCAAGGGGGAUGGGAACGAACCGCUUCCCAAGUUAGAGGCGGAACUUUCUGGUUCCGCAGGGUAGGGAAAAGCCCAGACAAUUACAAACGCUUGUAAAGCACGAGUGCCUGGCUCGGGGGAGGCAAGGACUGUCAAGGCAGCCGCUGACGCCCCACAGCUCUUGGCAGACCUGUGCUUUCUGUGCUACCUGCUGAACGCCACAGAGCUCUUUCCGACAGGAUCUCUGCCAGGCUUGCUGCCACUGAUGGGUUUCGUGGUGCAGUCGUGUAGACUCUGGCUUAGUCUUUCCAGCCUGGGCCCUAGUUAAAAUAUCUGGCAGGGGCUCGCUUAAAACAAUACUGGAGAUAGAGACUCUCAGACCAAAGCACCCGAGGUGAGUGGCUCACAGAACAUUUGUGUCAGUGUAGAUUCCGAGACGCGACUGUGCUGACUUUCUGGCCCGUUCCCCCUGCCCGGCAUGCUCUGAGCUCUCUACGCUUCGCAGUCUCCACAGCACGUGUCUCUCUGUGCCAUAAUACAGUUCUUCUUCUAGAUGUGCACACUGGCCAAAUAAUCUCCUCAUGUCUUGAUCGACUGCCGAUUGAGAUUAUUUCCCGAUCUAGCCAGACAGCAUGGGCUUAACUCGUAGCAUGGAUGCGUGGCGUGCCAUGCCCUCCUCUCCCCCCCCACGUUUUGCAGUGCUUGCUGUGGCUUUUCCCUCUCCCCUCACACCUUUGCUGCCGGACAAUCAUUCCCCAUGUCGUAGACGGACUGACCCGGUGCUGUCCCUGCUUGCCUUUCCUUGCCGCAGUCUGUAUGCUCUUCAAGUGAAUGUGUUUUAUUUUUUUUCAAUAGGGAAAAGGACUUCCUUCUGCUGAAGGAAUUAUAUUUGCACAUGGCUCAGGGAGGUACCUCCUCUGGCCGUUUCCGUUACCUCACUCAUUUAGGCCAAUUCCAUUGCUAACGUUAAAUGGCCACCUUCCCCAAUCCAACCCCCCGAGAGAAGUUAGGGAAUAAAACCAAUGUGCAGCUCAGGUUCUAGAGCCAUUCGGUCGUGUCUCAGUUUCGGCCCAAUCUGCCCCCGCGGCGUUAGGAUUGUUACCAAACAGCAGCUUUAUCCGGCAAAGAGCCGGAGCCUGGGCCAGGCGCGCGCCCUUCCCCGUCUUCGCCAGCCCACCUCCCUUGUAGUAGCACUUAACAGAGCAGAUACAAAAGCACUAACCUGGCUCUUGGCCCGAUGGGGUCAGGGCGGAGGGCGAAGCAGCAAAACCGUUGCAGCGUUACCACCACCCGGGACUGUCUUUGUGUGGCUGUGGCACCUCUGGGGCGUCCCCAUCCUCGCGGCGGUUCAUCUCCCAUCACCUGCUCCGGGGCUGGACAAAGCUGCUCAAAACCCCGAGGCCCGGGAUCCUGCAAGCCCCCUGGGCUGUGCGUACACCGCAAACUGAUGGGGAUCGCCUCAGGCCGGCGAGGGCUGGGAGUGGGUUGUACAGCCACCCGUGGGUGUGUGUUUCCCUUCUGGAUUUCACCACCAGAGCCCGUGGAACUAUAGGGUGGGGUGGGGGAGGAACUGUGGUUUUGUUUUAGGAGUUGUCUAACUGUCACAAACUUUGCGCUGUGCGCAAAAUGCGGUAAAAUGAUAAUGAAACUUACCUGCUAGAACCUAGGAAUUGUAAAGGCUAUGCAGCCAAAACUUAAUGUAAAGUAGUUAGUACAAUGGAAGUACGGUAUAAAUUAAAAAAAAAAAAAAAAUCUAUCAAACAAACAGCGUGAUUCGUGAGUGCUUUGUUCUUUUUAUUAUCCUGCCUAUUCUAAAGUCUCUUCUGUAAUUUCCAAAUACAGAGAGAGUAUUUGCAGAGACCAACCAGGACCAUCUCUCCAGAACACUGCCUGCCUUUAACACCACCCUUGAAAAAUCCCCAAUUUUUAAUUUUUUUUUUUUUGCUAUGAGAAUCUUCAGCAAAAUUUACACACCAUUUUCUCCUGCCUAGAAAAACACAGGGCAAUAGUCGUAUCUGUCUGCAGGAACCAGAAGAGUGAAAAUACGUCCAAAGAAAAGCAUCUUAAGAUGAUGCACGUAAGAUACCGGAAGGUGCAGGACUAGAGGACAGCCCCUCUUUACCACCUGAGGUAGCUCUCAAGAAGUUCUUAGUUUACUCCUUUUUUGACUUAACAUUGUGACACCAGACGGGGUCCGAAGAGCAGAGCUGAAGUGGGAGAGAGGUUACGUGACCUUACCUAAAAAUCACCAGGGGCAGCAAUGCAGUGGUCAGUGACGGAAACUCUGGAGUUACAAUCGAGUCCCUCCUCUGGUGCUGCGGGUUUAGAGUUAGGAUUAUGCCCCAAAUUGCCCCGAGGUCAGGCAAACUGGUUUAGGGAAAGUGAAGACAUCCAGCUGAAUCUUUCCUCUUUUAGGUUUUAAGGAACCAGUGCCCAGACUACAAGCGUGCUUCAUCUGGAAAAUGCGCUCAAGCUGCCAGACUGGGCUCUGGCCUUGAGAGCGAUCCUACUGUGAAGACUGACUGCAGUGUGGUCGUUUCCUAAAGUUGACACCCACUCUAACAAAAGGAGUUUUGAACAACUGCCAGUUAGAAAUCUGGCCUGGGCCUGACUUACAAAUGGAGUAAUUUCUGUGAUUUUAGCAACACAUAAAAAGCAGCAGAACAAAGCAGAGGAAAUUCCACAGGUGGAAAGCAUGCCUUGAUUCACAAGCACUUUGUAACUAUUUAGAAGCGGUCAGGGUAGCAAAAUUUGUCAACUCUUGCAAGCAGCAUAGGCUCCAUUGCAGCAGGGAUGUAACAACAUCUGCUAUAUGAAAAAAAACAAACCUUCCCCUAUUCUGUCUUAAGGUACAAUUCCACCCUGGCCGAUGUUUCUGCCCCUUUUUUUUUUUUUUUUCCUCCUUGUAAUCCUAGUUGUU